GAAUACGUAAGACAGUACUUGAGAUUGCAUCAUGUUUAUCUUACAGCUGAGUUCGGGACUUGAAGUCGGGAAGCUGGAGUUGUAGGGGGGAGCCAGUCGAAAGCCGGUUGAAAACCAAGCAGUGAGGGAAGCGAGUAAGGGAGUGAAAUCAUGCACAUGGGCGGUGGGCACACUGACCUGUGGGCCAGUUGGAGGAGUUUUUAAAGAUGGGAUUGCCGUCACUACCUGACACGUUAGGCUGAGUUCUUCGGCACCUCGCAGAUGCUAGCUGAGCCUGGGGCAUUAGUUACAGCCUUUUUGAAUCCCUGCGGCCUUAAAUAAUGGCCUCCGUCUACUUGUGAGCCACAAACAUUCCUGUCUGCAGUACGCACACCAUCUUCCUCCAGCUUGUAACUCUCUUGUCCUUCAAGUCGCGCUCCACUCGUCCCCUUUCUUUGUUUUGUCAGUUCGUUGUGGACUGAUUCUGAACACUGACAUAGAACUGCGUCCCCCUGCUCGGCCUCUAUCUCAUCUCCACUCUCAUCUGCGGCCCCCAGUCUCGUUGUUUCCAGCUCACUUGACUCCCUCCUUUCAUAUGCGCGUUGCUGUAGAUACAUUUACUGCAAGAGCUUGGACCUGUUAGUGUUGUGUGAAGAUUAGCCCAGUACAAUGGACCAUUAUGAUCUUGCAGCUUACCUCGGACCUGAUACUUGGCAAUAGACUCUAAGGCUGCGGGUGACGCCAAAAAUUAGCAGCUUCGAAAGAAGCCAGGGUGAGUGAGCGACGCUACACAAGCUUCUUUUGAGCUCUCUCGAAGAAGCUAAUGCAGUGAGAGCCCCAUGAUGUUUGUCUGAGGUGACAAGUUACAGUUCUUCAUUGCGUUGGAAGUGAUUGCGCCUCCUCGCUAGCACAAUUGAUCGGGUUUCAGAAAGCCGGUGUAAAAGUUUUCUACAUUCAGUCUUGAAGUAGUUAUCCAAAGAAGAAUCUCAACAUUACAUCACAAUCUUCUACAUUUUUGUACGACCUGAGGCAACGAGUCCAUUGCUGAAAUUGGAGCUCAGACUCAGGCAGCUGGGUGCACGCACAAUCGGGGCUCGCAGGCCUAAGCUUCGAGCGAGCAGAAGCUGGCGAUAAUAUGCGCCGAGGAAUUCGUGCUUGGCUACAGCUAGCUGCAGUAGAUACCAGCUCGUAAGCGUUGCUCGGAGAAUUGAAGGAGGAGGAGGAGGAGGACGCAGACUGAAGUUGAAACUGACAAUUGGACGUGGAAUAUAUUGAAAGACUAGCACCGAUCGAUUGAGGAAGAUGGCGAACUCCACAGCAGAAGAGGAGGCGAGUGUCACCUCGAUGGGUGUCGUUGCCGGGGACAACCCACUGCAUCACUCGCUUCUGCUCCUCAUGACACAGAUCAUCGUUAUCAUAUGCUUCUCGCGAAUCAUCGCCACACUCUUCAAACCGCUGAGGCAGCCACGAGUCGUCGCCGAGAUUAUCGGUGGUAUACUUCUGGGUCCCACAGCAGUCGGGCGCAUUCCGGGAUUCAGCGACACCAUUUUCCCGGCGAGUUCUCUCAAUAUUCUGGAAACGGUUGCAGAGUUCGGCCUUAUGUUCUUUCUGUUCCUCGUCGGACUGGAGCUCGACCUGCGCGUCCUCCGCAAGAGUGGAACCAGCGCAAUGUACGUGGCAGCGGCCGGCAUCGGUCUGCCUUUUAUUCUCGGUGUUGGAGUCUCCAUACUCGUGUUCAAGUCCAUGAAUCUCGAUGAACAUUCGAGCUUCGGACCAUUUGUCCUCUUCAUGGGCGUUUCUCUCUCCAUCACCGCGUUUCCUGUACUCGCCAGAAUACUGGCAGAACGAAAAAUUCUCAACACCCAAAUCGGACAAGUUGCAGUCUCGGCAGCAGCAAUGAACGAUGUGGUAGCAUGGGCACUUUUGGCUCUGGCAGUCGCCGUGACGAACUCCGGAUCGUCACCGCUGGUCAUCGUUUGGGUCCUGCUCUCGGGAUUGGUCUAUCUGCUGGUUAUGUUCGGGCUCGUACGACCGCUGGUGUACGCGCUGGCUAAUUACAAGGAUCCCAUUCCCGAAGUGGUCAUCGCCAUAACCUUCCUUCUGAUGAUUAUUUCCAGCUACGCCACUGAUGCCAUGGGUAUACAUGUCAUCUUCGGAGCUUUCAUCAUGGGCCUCGUCAUUCCUAAAGACGGACCGUUUGCAGGUCUUCUGAUAGAGAAGGUGGAGGACUUCGUGUCCAUCCUGUUGCUACCCUUGUACUUCACAAGCUCAGGGCUGAAAACAGAUCUUGAUAGCAUUGCCAGUUUGAAAGCAGUUGGCAUUUUGGUGCUGGUGACCUUGACGGCCAUCUUGGGGAAAGUCGGCGGAACUGUCCUCGUCACAAGAUUUCAGGGGAUGGAUAUGCGCAGCUCUCUCUCCCUCGGUGUUCUGAUGAGUACCAAAGGCCUCGUGGAGCUCAUCGUUCUCAACAUCGGGCUCAGCAAAGGAGUCAUCAACAACGAGCUCUUUGCCACACUCGUGGUGAUGGCAUUGAUCACGACAGCAAUGACCACACCGACACUUAUGUGGCUGUACAAGCCUGCACGCGAUGUGCCAGCUUACAAUCGAAGAGUCAUAGAAGCCAAAAACGCCAAGGCUUCUGUGAAUGAGAAGCUCCGAAUGCUGGUUUGCGUGCAUGGCAUGGAAAAUGUACCAGGCAUGAUGAAUCUGAUCCACAUGAGCAAGGGCAGACGGACCCGUCUCCUGCAAGUGGAUGCUUUGCACUUGGUGGAAUUCUCGGAGCGCUCAUCUGCCAUCAGGAUGGCAGCUCUGGCGAACGCAGAUGACUCGCCUUCUGAUGAAGACUACGAGGAUGAAGGAACCAGAGUGCUGAUAGGAGAUGCAGUCAAUAUGGCCCUGAAGACCUUCAGCCGUGUGAACAGAGUGAAGACGAGAGUGAGCCUGACUGUGAGCAGGCUGGACACCAUGCACGAAGAUGUGUGCUCCGCAGCUGCAGCCACUCGAGCGAAUCUGAUCGUUCUUCCUUUCCACAAAUACCCUGGCCCCGAUGGCAGUUUUGAGUCCAGGGGUGCUGGAUUCCUUCAAGUGAACUUCAGGGUCAUGGAGAACUCUCCUUGCUCAGCAGCAAUCUUGGCAGAUCGAGGACUGGGCAUGAACAUUCCCGCCGGUCAGAUGCACCAGGUCAUGGUGUUAUUCUUCGGAGGCCCCGAUGAUCGCGAGGCCCUUCUGUUCGGGCAGAGAAUGCACGCCCACGGCGGUGUGAAGCUAACCGUGGUCCACUGCAUUCUCAAGCCCAAACACCAGCAUCUCUCAUCUCUGAGUCGGCUUAACUCAGCAGAUCUGGUGCAAUACCUUCCGGAUACGCCACAAUUUUACGGUCUAUCAAUCCGAAGAUGCAAAAAGGCCCUGCUCAAAUUCAAGCACAAAGUCGUCAAGUGGCUUCGAGAUCCCUGGAACGAAAGCUCUGAAAAGGUCGAAGUUGUGACUGCACCGGCCAAGAGUGACGUGCCCAGCUCCAAGCUCGAUGGACAGGCAUUUGAUGAAAGCACUCAAGAGACAGCUGCUGAAGGCAUCAAGGCUGUGAAACUGAGCAUGGACGAGCUGGAAACGGAGAAUGAGAAGCAGAAGGAUAUGAAGAUCCUGGCACCAGUUCUGGCAGCCGCAAAGCAGGCGACGAGGCUGGCUUCUGUCAACGAGGAGACCAUAGCGGACUCGUCGUCUGUCAGUAGCAAGAGUCCCAAGGUAUUAGUGGUGGACAUGAGCAACCCCAUGAGUGGACUGGAGGAGCUGUUCUCCGGCACCAACUCCUACUCUUUGAUCAUCGCCGGCCUUCACUUGGGCCCUGAAAGCGCCAUCCAGCGAACAGGCAAUUUCGAUUGCGCUGUGGACUCUGCGGAACACGACCAAGGCUUGGGGCCUGUGGGGAACAUGCUCCUGUCCAAGGAGCUCAAGCUUCGGACCUCUGUUCUGGUGAUCCGACAGCAUCGGCCUGCCUCGGACGAAUCUCUGGGCGGAAUGACCAAUCUCAAAGCAGUCCCCGAGCUUGCGUAGAGAUGAUCACCAUCAGAAUCAACACCGACCCGUGAAUCCAUUACUCCUGUAGAUCCCCCUAUUGCACUCCUCCGAGCCAUGUCCAUAUCAAACAGAAUAUAGCCCUUAGAAAAUUUUGCUCUGCGCCUACACGUGCUCCUUCAACAAGACCCCGUGAAGCACGCCACUUAAACCCAACAACAACAGCAGCAGGAGCAACAACAACAACAACAUGGACUAACACCGUCGAGGUCAGAGUCCCUCAUAAAACACCUCCAGGCUCAUCAGCACUUCUUGUGGGAAAAGAGUUCCUCUUCGAUUCCGUCCUAUAGAUGAAGAUGCCAUGUCCAUAGCUGACUCGUGCGUUUUCAUGCACAUUCGUCAGCGCCUACCACUCACAAGGUCAUACCAUACGGAAUUCUCGCUACAAAAGAGUGUCAAAGCAGUCGUAGAUUCGAAAUGUCGAUUUUUCGUGUCCUCUGGCCUGAAAAGGGGACAUCCUCAGAAUAAAAAGAGACAGAGGUAGCUGUACUAUAGACUAGUGUAAGUAUCAAAUGUGGACCCUGCCGGCAUUAUAAUGUGAUGAUCAGAACAACAUAAAGCGAUACUCGUCGGUCCCACUAAAGACCUCCAUCAUUGAGUCCAUGAGUGAAGGAUCAUGGAUCUCUCCGUAGAAGUUUGUAGUGAGACUGGGGUGAGCGAAAACAAAACAUGCACUUUCUAUGUUCUGUAUAUACACACGAACACUUCGAUGAACACUUGAAAAUAAAGUAUUCGUUGAAGAUGGUUCACAUUCAAUCUUUGUCC